UUCCGGUCAAUUACGACGUGUGAGAGGUUUCUUGUGAUUUGACAAAAGUCCUCAAUAUAUUUGUCAAUAACUUAAUGAUUUCGUAUCAGAAAUGGGUAAAUCUAAGAAGGAUCAAAAGAACAGAAAGGACGAUGAUUUUGAGGAUGAUGUAGCUGCUGAGAUCGCUGCACUUUCUCUUGAGAACAAAGGAGCAAACAAUGAUGAAGAGACACCAGAAGUUGCCAAGCCUGCCAAGAAAGAUAAGAAAAAGAAGUCCAAGAAGAGAGAUGACAGUGACGAAGACGAGGAGGUUGAAGAUUUUGUGAUGAUUGCUAAACCAGCGGCUAAGAAGGGGCCCAAAAAACCAGUUGGGAUGUCUGCAUUCCAGAUGCUAGAUAUGAUGGAUGAUGACUCGGCUCCAUCAGAGGAGGAAGAAGAGAAGCCAGAGGAGAUGAAGCCGAGGAAGAAGGUACCAUCUCCUGUCAAUGACGCAGAUGAGAAGGAAGACUCACCAGCUCUUCCCAAGGCCCAGCAGAAAAAGGCCAAGAAAGACAAGAAGAAGCAGACGAAAGCGGAAGAUGAAGAUAUUGAUGCCAUUCUAGCAGCAAUUGAGGAGCCCACUGCUAAGGGAAAGAAAGGUAAAAAGGGAAAGAAGGGUAAGCAGGACGACCUCCAGCCAGCCGUGGAGGAGGGAGGUGAGAAGGAAGAUGAAGGUGAAGACAAGGAGGAAGCAGGGAAGAGGAAAAAGGAAAAGAAGCGUGAUAUUGUUGAUCUGAGUCAGAUUCAGGAGGCAGAGAUGGUGACCGAGAUUGGUGAGGACGAGUUUGAGGACCGAAGGAAGAAGAAAAAGGGCAAGAAAGGAAAACAAGAGAAGGGGACUGAUGAUAUGGAUAUUGAGGAUGGAGAGAAGGAAGGAGAGAAGAUGAAAAAGGAGAAGAAGCGUGACAUUGUUGAUUUGAGUGAGAUACCGGAGGCAGAGACGGUGACGGAAAUUGGUGAAGAGGAAUUUGAGGAUCAGAAAAAGAAGAAAAAAGGCAAAAAAGUGAAACAGGAGGAAGUUAAGAAAAAUUAUGAGAAUGUGGAUGUUGAUGGUGAUGAUGACGAUGAUGAUGAUGAGGAUGAGGAAGAUGAGGGUGGUGUGGUAAAGACAAAGGCACAGAAGAAGAAGGAGAAGAAAGAGAGGCAAAAGAAACAAAAACUUGAGGAGAAACAGAAGGGAAAGGGAAAGAAAAAAGAGGAGGAGAAAAGAGAAGAGAAGGAAGAAGCCGAGAAAGAGGGGACUCCUACUGAGGAGAAGACACCCGAAGCAGACUCUCAAGGUGCUACAACAAAAGAUGAAGGUGCUAAAGGUUCAGAUGGUGAGGAGGAGGAGAGUAAAAGUCAAAAGAAAAAGAAGGAGCGAGAUCGUAAGAAGAAGAAAGACAAGAAAGGGGAAGAAGAAGAGAAGAAGAAGAAGCCGGCAAAUAAACAAAUCAAAGCCAUGCAAGAAGCAUUAGCGAGAGUGAAAGAAGAAGAAGAGAGAAUUGAGAGGGAAGAGUUGGAGAAGGAAAGACAGGCUGAGGCAGCAAGAAAAGCAAGGGAGGAAGCGGUUCGAUUAGAAGCUGAGAAGAAAGAGAGAAUCAAACAAAAGAAGAAGGAGCGAGAAGCCAGGCUGAAGGCGGAGGGAAAGUUCAUGACGAAAAAACAGAAAGAGGAUCGGCAACGGGCUCUGCAGAUGUUGGAGCAGAUGAAGGCUCAAGGUAUUGAAAUUCCAUUGAAAGCUGAAGAUGGUGAGGAGCCGAAAAAGAAGCGUGUGGUGUAUGAACACAAAAAGAAGCGGAAGCCUGGUCAGAAGGAGAGCUCACCUUCAGAGGAGACAACUCCAGCACAAACGCCAAGUGAAGUUGAGGAGAAGACUUUACCAACUGUUGAGACACCGACUGAGGCGGAGCCGAAGAUGGAGGCUGCCGCUGUUGCAUCAUGGGAGGAGGCAGAUGAGCCUAAAGAUGACUGGGAGGCUGCCAGCGAUGAGGAGAAGGAAAAAGACGAAGUUGAAAAGAAAAGUGAGGAAGAUGAAGAAGAAGAUGAGGAGGAAGAAGAGGACGAUGAAGAAGAAGAAGAUGACAAGGAAUCUGGGGAACAGGAGGAAGAGGAUGAGUCUGAGGAAGAGAGUGAAGAGGAGUCCGAGUCGGAGUCAUCUUCUGAUGAGAGCGACGAUGGUAUGACACCGGCAGAGAGAGCGAGAGAGAAAGCUGUUCUUAGGUUACAGAAACGUAAAGAGGAAAACGAUAAGAAUCGUUCAACAGAUGUCCUUAGGGCUCCGGUGGUUUGUGUCCUUGGUCACGUGGACACAGGAAAGACCAAGAUUCUGGACAAGCUGCGUCGGACGCACGUCCAGGAUGGUGAGGCUGGUGGUAUCACACAGCAGAUAGGUGCUACCAAUGUGCCUGUGGAGGCCAUUAGGGAGCAGACCAAGAUGUGUAAAGAGUUUGUCAAAAUGGAUGUGCGAGUGCCUGGACUGCUUAUCAUUGACACGCCCGGCCAUGAGUCUUUUAGUAAUCUACGAUCGCGAGGAUCGUCCCUAUGUGAUAUAGCUGUAUUAGUUGUUGACAUCAUGCACGGAUUAGAACCGCAGACAAUCGAGUCCAUUAACCUCCUCAAGUCACGGAAAACUCCAUUCGUGGUUGCCUUAAAUAAGAUUGAUAGGUUGUACCAAUGGAAGACCAACCCACACAAUGACAUACAGAACACGAUUAAAAAACAAACGAAGAAUACGAAAGAUGAAUUUGAUGAUCGGUUAAAGCAAGUUGUGGUGGAAUUUGCUCAACAGGAACUCAAUGUCACCUUGUUUUAUGACAACAAGAAUCCCCGUGAAUGGAUCUCAAUGGUGCCAACGUCUGCCCAUACUGGUGACGGCAUGGGCAACCUCAUGGCUCUCAUCUGUGAACUCUGUCAAACCAUGCUGGCAAAGAGACUGUCCUACACAGCCGAGCUUCAGGCCACUGUGAUGGAGGUCAAAGCUCUUCCAGGUUUAGGUACAACAAUAGACGUGAUCCUAGUAAAUGGUACGUUACGUGAGGGUGACACCAUUGUGUUGGCGGGGCAAGAGGGGCCAAUCACAACGCAAAUCAGAGGUCUCCUGGUGCCACCACCUAUGAAGGAGUUGAGAGUCAAGAACCAGUAUGAGAAAGUGAAGGAGCUGAAGGCUGCUUCAGGAGUGAAGCUCAUAGCCAAGGACCUGGAGAAGGCUCUUGCUGGCUUACCAAUGUAUGUCUCCUACCAUCCAGAUGAAACGGAAAUCUAUCGGGAAGACAUAGCCAAACAACUCAAGAACAUCCUGAAUGCCAUCAGACUGAGUGACCGAGGUGUGUUUGUCCAGGCCUCCACCCUAGGAUCAUUAGAAGCUUUACUCGAAUUCCUUAAAACAUCCAAAAUUAAUUAUGCUGGUAUCAAUAUAGGACCUGUCCAUAAACGUGAUGUCAUGAAGGCAUCUGCGAUGGUGGAACGCGAUAUACAGUAUGCAGUAAUUCUUGCAUUUGAUGUGAAAGUAGAGCGAGAAGCCCAAGAACUUGCUGAUAGUGUAGGCGUGCAGAUCUUCACGGCAGACAUCAUCUAUCAUCUGUUCGACCGAUUCACAGCAUAUCGGGAAGCAUUUAAGAAAAAGAAGCAGGACGAAUUCAAAAGCAUUGCCGUGUUCCCUUGCAAACUUCGUAUUCUUCCUCAGUAUAUAUUCAACAGUCGCGACCCAAUUGUCCUUGGCGUGUCGGUCGAGGCAGGAUUUAUUCGCUGUGGAACACCGCUCUGUGUGCCAGGAAAAGACGACAAGGAGGAAGUGCUCGUUGGCCGUAUCACAAGUAUAGAGAAUAAUCAUAAAGAGUCCGAGGAAGCACGUCGAGGCAGCGAGGUGUGCAUAAAGAUAGAGCCACGGGGAGGAGAAGCACCGAAAAUGUAUGGUCGCCACUUUGAUCAUAAUGAUAUACUAAUUAGCAAGAUCACUCGUGAAUCAAUCGAUGCUGUCAAGGACUACUUCCGUGAGGACAUGCAGAAAAAUGACUGGCAAUUAAUAGUGGAACUCAAGAAACUUUUUGAAAUUUUGUGAGGCUGCCAGUAGAAGCCAUACAUGUUGUGGUAAUAAGAUGAAUAGUGGACUAAACAUCUCUUCUUCCAGGUAUAUAUUUGAGGGAAUCAACACUACUGGUGAGGAAAGGUAUUGCGAGGAGGCCAGUUGGCCCUGCUGAGUUGAACUCCAUGUGCUGUUUGGACAUGUAUGAUGCAGUGUCCAGCACUGUUAGUUGCACUGUAGGAUUUUUCUAGUGUGUUCAUAGUGUCAUGGACAGUCUUCCUGCAGACGCAGAGGUGUGGGUUAUGUUAUGACGGUUGGUGAAGACUGCAGGCUGAAUUGGCAAGGGGUAUCAGGUUUUGCCUUCUUGGAAGAUCCUUGUCAAUGCUUCUUAGAAUGAGGAAAGAAUUCAGUAACCCAUGAGGUCGAGCUUGGCAUGAGUUUAGAAGAGUACGAUUGGUUAUGAGUUUGAUAACAUCUUGGCUAUGUAAGUCAGAAUGAUGUUCUCAUCAAAUCUUGGGCUGUCAUUUAUUCUCUGGUUGAUUAUAAGAAGGAUACCAGGCAUUGUAUGUCUGCUGUCAUUUGGUGAAAUCUUGUGCUAACAUUACGUUUGUUUCUUUAGCAUUCUGUGAUUAUCAGUUUCUGAAUCGCGGGUAUUUACAGUGCAUUUGUUCGAUACUAAAGGGUGAGGGGACGAGGUUGUUAUUGAUAUACAUGUAUGUUUGGGAAAAAGAAGUGGUGAUUCAAGCCUGUUGGCGGGACACCCUUUCUAUCAAGGACAGUGAUGGUAGUCAUUUCAAUUCAAUUCAACCUUGACAUGUUAGUAUUGAGGACACCAUUUGUCAGGGGUGUCCUCAUUUCAACCUUGACAUGUCAGUAUUGAGGACACCAUUUGUCAGGGGUGUCCUCAAUGCCAUUGUUGUACUAGGGCAUCUUGUGUACAUGUAUGUAUGUAUCUUAAUUACAGUCACUGCAGGUUGAAUCUGGCAAUGUUCCAAUGCCAAUGGACUUAAAAAUGGAUA